UCUGAUUUCUGCGUCGGUCUCGCCAGCGUCAUGGUGAUCUACGUGCGCUGGAAAACCACGCACGUCGUGGACGACGUCGAAGAGCAGACUGUAGGAGACGUGCGCUCCCGCUUGUGCCAGGCAGAGGGUCUGCCCCUGAAGGAGGUGAGGCUGUACGCCGCGGGCUCACUCCUCGAGGACGACAGCUUCGCCCUGGCCGACCUGAGCGUUGACACCAUCGAGGUCAACGUUGCCCUUAGGGGAGGGAAGGUCCACGGGUCCCUGUCCCGCGCAGGGAAGGUCAAGGGCCAGACGCCCUUCGUAGAAAAGAAGGAGAAGAAGAGGGGCAAGCGCGGCCGGGCGAAGCGCAGGGAGCAGUACGAGCGCCGCCUCUUCCUCGAGAGAGUGUCCUCCUCGGGCAGCAAAGGGCCCAAUGCCCAGGGAGGCUCCAGUGCGUAGUGAGCACUGCCAGUGC